CAUAAGUUGUAUAAAUAAUUAGUUAUUUGUCUUAAUUAAACAGUUACAUAAUUUUUAACCUUUUUUUAAUUUCUCUAACUUAUAGUUCUACUUUCUGUUAUCUUCAUAUAUAUUAUUCAGUUUCAUUUCUUAGUUGAAAUCGAAAACAUCCAACUCCCCCUCCCCUUUACCUAUUAACCCUUUUUAUUUCAACUACUUGCGUGACAACUGAGUCAAUUAUCGAUAAGUAAAGUAAAGUAAUAAUAAUAAUAAUAGUUGCAAAGAUAUUUAACUGAAUUUUGAAUAAAUUAUAACAUCAUAGAACUAAAAGAAGACAAGAAUUAUUUACAAUGGCUAACGUCUUCAACGUUCAAAUUUUCUUUAUUGUUUUUAGAGAAUCAUUAGAAGCCAUUAUUGUGGUUUCAGUCUUAUUAGCCUUUUUAAAACAAGGUUUAGGAGGGGCUACUCAAGACCCUGUCGUUUAUAAAAGAUUAUUACGACAAGUUUGGGUUGGUGCCGUAUUAGGUGUAGUAGUCUGUCUUGUCAUUGGUGCUGCUUUUAUUGCUACUUUCUAUACUUUAGGUAAUGAUAUUUGGUCUAAAUCUGAAGAUUUAUGGGAAGGUAUUUUCUGUAUAAUCGCUACUGUUUUAAUUACUUUUAUGGGUUUAGCCAUGUUAAGAGUUAAUAAGAUGAAAGAAAAAUGGAGAAUUAAAUUAGCUAAAGCUUUAACUAAAACUCCUGCUAAUAAGAAGGAUCGUUUUAAGAUUGGUUAUUUAGCCAAGAAGUAUGCUAUGUUUAUUUUACCAUUUAUUACUACUUUAAGAGAAGGUUUAGAAGCUGUUGUCUUUGUUGGUGGUGUUGGUUUAAGUUCUCCUGCUACUGCUUUCCCACUUCCUGUUAUUUGUGGUUUAAUUGCUGGUAUUGCUGUUGGUUCCAUCUUAUAUUAUUCUGGUUCCACCGUUUCUUUACAAAUCUUUUUAAUUAUUUCAACUUGUAUCUUGUAUCUUAUUGCUGCAGGUUUAUUCUCCAGAGGUGUUUGGGGUUUUGAAAUGCAUCUUUUCAAUAAUCAAACUGGUGGUGAUGCUGCUGAAGGUGCUUCUGGUCCAGGAACUUAUGAUAUUGCUAAAUCUGUUUGGCAUGUUAACUGUUGUAAUCCAGAAAUUGAUAAUGGUUGGGAUGUGUUCAAUGCCUUGUUAGGAUGGCAAAAUUCUGCCACUUAUGGUUCUGUUAUUUCUUAUAAUAUUUAUUGGUUAUUCAUCAUUGUUACUAUUCUUUUAAUGCUUUACGAAGAAAAGCAUGGUCACUUACCUUUCCUUAAGGGUGUUACUUUGAGAUCUUUGAACCCAAUGUAUCACAUUAAGGGUAAGAAGAAGAAUGAAUUAACUGCUGAAGAAAAGGAAGCCUUAUUUGAAAAGGUUAAAGCUGCCAGAAUUGGUGAUGAUAGUGCUGAAGAUGGUACUCAUGAAGCUGAGAAUUCUUCAUUGGUUCAUGAAGAUGUCAUUGAACUUGAUAAACUUGAUAAGAAGCAAGCUUUAUAAGCUGGUUGCGUAAAAGGUCAUGGUCGUAGUCAUAGUGUGAUGCUUUGGUUAUACCAUCUGUAUACUCUUUAUCUGCUAUAAUUACACACACACACACACACACACAUAGGUAUAGAUAGAGAUAAAGAGUUGCAAAGGGUAACCAUUCCGUUUCCUAUACGUUUAUGACUUAUUUUCCUCAAACUAAACUAGCCUGUUUCCAUUCAUUGUUUGUAUUAUCUACCUUUCUCUGAAGGGGAGGAAGUUGGGAGUGAUUAAUCAUAUUAAUCUAAUAUUCUAGUAGGGGAACUGGGUCCUCCCUAUACUAGAUUUUGGAUAGAGUCGAGUGUUUAAUAUUUCUUAUAUAACUUUUUAUUCUUAUACUAUUUUGGGGUCGUUAUACAUAUACUUAUAUA